GGUUUUCCUCCAGUGCCUGGCGGGCGAACGGAUUUGCAUUUUAAUACAACAGAAAUCAACCAUGGCACGUGCUGACGCUCGCGCCGACUGUAUCUCGGACUCGUUUUAGCGGGCUCACUAUGUCCAGCGGUGUCACUGUGGGUGCCUUUAGUGAAACCGAGAGCCGCAAACCAGGUGACAAGGCUUCGUGCUGACUCUGUUACACACGGCUGUUUUCUGCCACGGAGCCCUCCGGGCUGCAGAACAACCCACGCACGCGUCGAAUCUCCACAUAUGGGACACACUGGACCGUAUGGCGUGCUACUACCUUGUGAUCAGCUCCACGCACCUCAGCAAUGGCCAUUUCCGAAACAUUAAGGGAGUUUUCAGGGGUCCCCUCUGCAAGACUGCUGGGAGCGAGUCGCCGGAUUAUGCAGAGAAAGAGAAAGCCAUAGCCAAGGCUCUGGAGGACUUGAAGGCUAAUUUCUACUGUGAAUUAUGUGACAAACAGUACCACAAGCACCAGGAGUUUGACAACCACAUAAAUUCCUACGACCACGCUCACAAGCAGAGGCUGAAGGAGCUGAAGCAGAGGGAGUUUGCGCGCAAUGUGGCGUCCAAGUCCUGGAAGGACGACAGGAAGCAGGAGCGUGCCCUCCGGCGCCUGCAUCAGCUGGCCGAACAGAGGCAGCAGUCCGAAUGUGGUCCUGGAAGCGGUCCAAAGUUCAGAACCACGACAGUCUCGGCUAAAGCCCACCAUCAGGACAAGGUCCCGUUGGAGCGGGACCGUGGAGCUCAGCACCGCCCCACCCCUCCCGUCCCAGGAGGCACCUCCAAAGACGCAGGCUCCAGGUUGCCACGGGGAUCCCCCGUGGGCAGAGAGCAGCCUCACGGCUGCAAGAGGGCGUCGCAGUCGGCCUCUGACCACAGCCGCCGGAGAGCAGGAGUCUCCUUCUGCUUCUCCAGGAAGGCCCAGCUGAAGCUGGAGUCGUCCGCCUCCGUCUUCAGCGACAGCGUCGAGGAAGCCAGCGACAGGGAGGACCUCCAGCAGAAGAGGGCACGGCGGACGCUUGAGGCCCUCUGGUCUCGGACGCCGUCGCCUGGCGAGCUGGCCGCAGACAGCGGCGAGGACGAGGAGCAUGGAGACCUGCAGAACGGGAAGGCCGAGGGGGAGAGCAAACAGAAAGGCCUAGAUGCCUGCCAAAGCCACGCCGCUGCGGCCCAGUGCUCAGCCGAAGAACAGGGAUGCCCUGUAAUGGCCUUACCUGGGUCUCUUGACCAUGCUCACUCAGACGACGAGCCCAGGGAUAGUGGCUAUACACCUGGGCCAGAGGCAGAUUUUGAUGAACCAGACAGGAGCAGCUGCUUCACUUCGAGGGACGUUGUAUGUGCAGAUGGGAAGUCUGACACCACCUCCAGCCAGCUCCAAAGGAAAGGUCUACUUCAGCAAUCCCCUGGGUGUCAGGAAGGCAUCGAUACAAUCAGUGACUCGGACUACGUCAAAACAGAGGAGUGCCAAGACUGCAGCGUCGAGGCAGAUGAAGGUUAUACCUUUAGAGAGACAUACAUAGUUACAGAUGUCGAGCAAAUCAAAAAUCAAGUCUCUUUUGUAAAUGUUCUCAGCAAAGAUGGAUCAACAACGCUGAAAUGGCCAACGGAAUUGCUGCUGUACACAAAGUCAGAACCGUAUGUGUCCUACAGUUGCAAUCCUCUGUAUUUUGACUUUAAACACUCUAGGAAUAAACACAAAUCGAAUAAAAGCACACGAGUAGCAGGUCCAGACCACUGCGGUGUGGACAGCGAUACCUUGGAGGGUCCUGCCCGGAGGCAAGCGAAAACUAAAUUUGACAUUCCAAAACCAAAGAGGCCCAAGCACCGCAAGAUGCGCAAAACGUCCCAUCUUAAAUCAGGUGCAGUCAGUGAGCUGAGUACUAGCUCUGUGCAGAGUGUAGGUUCCCAAACGGAAACCAAAGGAAGCUCUGAAUGCACACAACCUGACGCAUCACGCAGCAAACGCGCCAGCACCAAGAGGAGCAGACUGGGAAAGAGAAAAAGCUCUUCAAAGGCAGAAGCUCCAGAUAAGAAGACUGUGGCAGAACGCAGUCUCAAAAGUGUCGUGAAUCUGCUCUCUACUCCAUGGGCUAAAAAGAGGAGAAGGCAGAGCCUUGACCUGGUCUCGCUGAACCUGAAUGGAGGGUCCUCUCCCAAUUACGGCAGGCUAAUGGUGAAGGAGAACCAUUUUAGAUAUCGUUGGGACACUGAUGAAUACAAAAGAGUGAACAGCACAGCGUCCUUCAGUGAGAAGUCCGGCUCCUGCAGCAGCUUCUCAGACCUGAACUCGGACAGCGAGGGAGGACCCUACAGGUACGUAAGGUACUCGUCCUCGUCCGGGUCGACGUCAAGGAGGGACUCCGGCUACACACAGACUCACACUGGCAGGCCCUGCUGGAGCAGGUCGACCGGGGAUAGCUCCAGCAGUGACGUGGCUUGUGGUCCGGGUAAAAAACACAGGGACCGGAAGACCCACAAGACCAAGAGGUCCUGCAAGGACACGGGCACUCUGGAAGUGGUGCGCUGGUGGAGUCCAGACUGGCAGUGCAACAGGGGCGAGAGGGAUGAAAGGCCUGGCGGGCGCCGCAGCCUCAGCUCCUGCAGCAGCACCAGCACCUCGGACCUCAGCCACCGCUCUCAGCACAGCGCUCCGAGGGUCGCCCCCGGCCUCCGCCGAGCCCGGCCUAAACCUGGGUCCCUCUGCGCCAGCAUGUGUGCCGUGGACCAUAGACCCUCCCGAUCGGUCUCCAGAGACCGGCUCCGUUUUCUCAAACCCCCACUGGUUCAAAGCACCGGGACAGUGAAGAGCACCUGUGUCCCUGCUGGUCCUCGGAGGGUCAGCAGGAAGAGCACAGACACCCCUCCAGAUGCCGAUACCGCUGUUCGACCUGAGGGGAGCUUGGUGGACAGUAAAAGCCCUGCAGGGUGGAAAGUGAACGGCAGCCCGUCUUUACCUCUCAUAGGGAAGUUUCCUGCUGUUAGAAGAGGUGCCAAGAAGGGAGAGAGCAGCAAGAUGAAAUGUAACCUCAGCAGGGAGCAAGGAGAGGCGACUGGGAGACAGGCUGUGGGAGACUCAGGCUGUUCCCCGUCCGCUGCAGGACAGAAGGAGAAGUCCGAAGCUGCACAGCAUGACGAGCAGGUGCCGUGCCCUGCGGGAGAGGGUGAACUUGAGUCGUCGCCUCUGGCGUUUCCACCCGACACACACGUCCUCUCAGUUUAUUCAGCAGAAAAGGAGAUAAUUGUUGCUGCGUGCAGUCCCGCCGGGUCCCAUCGCCAAGGGCAAGAGUCCUCAGAGCCCUCAUUCCACAGCAGUGUGGAUUCCGCGGUGGAGUCCAAAAGUCCACGCGAGAGGCCGCUAAAAUGCGCUUCUCCGCCUCUGACAGAGCAGCCAAUCACGUUCUCCCCCGAUGAGAUUGACAAGUACAGGCUCCUGCAGCUCCAGGCCCAGCAGCAUAUGCAGCAGCAGCUGCAGGUGAAGGAGGCCCCGUUGGAGGUGCCCAGCCGAAGCCCCGCCCCUGCCCCUCAGCCCGGCCCAGACUUCCAGCCCACGCUCCUCCACCACCGAGCGCUGGCGGCCUUCUCCUCCCUCCACCCGCACCCUGCCCACCCACGCCUGACCCACCUCCAGCCCCACCCCCUCCACUCGCAGCCCCACUUUGCGCCCCUCUCCCUCGCCCCCAUCUCACCCGCCGUCCUGCCUGCCCACCCAGCCGCCCUGCUGGCAGGCCACCCGCUCCACCUCGCCCCGGCCUCCGCCUUCCACCCCGCCCCCCUGGCCCUCCACCCACUGCCCCCCGUCUCCCUCCUCCCGGCUCUGCUCGCCCCUGGCCCCAUGGCAGCUGCGGCCGCCGCCUCCACCCUGCACCUGCGCCCCCUCCUCCACCCACUGUUCCCUGGGCAGGACCUGCAGCCCCACUCAGGCCCUGGCAGUUAGAGCCACACCUCUCACUCACUGUCUACAACCAGGGACACAAACGGACACAAAUGCUCUUCUCCAUCGAAGAGGCGCACUGUUCAGUCCUCAACAGCCUCUUGAAAAUCCUAGCUGUGGUCCCAAUCAUUUUCUGAGCCAAAGUUUUUGUUGUUGUGUUGUUGUUUCUUUUGUUCUAGGGGGUGUGUGUGGGAGGCAUAACUGCACAGUUGGAGCACAAACGCAGAUAAUGGGGUUUGGACUGCACCUCCACCGGCAGGGGUAGUCACCAGUAGUGCAGAUUCUUUUUAUCAUUAUUAUUUGACUAUACAUUUCCCAGCCCUGUGGAAAAACAAGUACAUUAUAUAGUAUGUAACGUUCCCCUUUUAAAAUUGAUGUCUAAUUGAGAGAGAAAUUGUUUUAAAUUCAUGCUGCAUCAGUCAGGCUGAAGGACAGCCUUUACCACUUUUCACAGGCUUAAUUUGCACCGCUAUCUUACUUUUAAAAUAUGAGAGGAAUGGAAUUCAUUCUGGCAUGAGUGCAGUGCAGAGACAUUUAUGAAUCAAAUUUGUGACAGACAAAUUAAGAAAUGAAGUGGGCAGAGUGAAAAUGACCUGAAACAGUUUUUGGUGUAGGGACGGUAAAAGGGCAGGCACUGCAUAAGAUGAAACUUCAAUGCAGCAUGAAAAUUUACCGUUGUCUUAUUACCUGAAUGUGACACGUUUUUACCAAGGUACAGCGUGAGGAUAGAGAUAUCGAUUUACCAGACAAUAAGUAAAAAUCAUGACCUUUUAUACUAUCCUGUAAAAUACCACUUAGCAGUCAGCAAAUCUAAAUACAGAUUACGACACAGAUAUGCUGCUUUCCAGGCCCUCCCUCAUAGGGGAAUGUAGUAAAAUGCAAUAAUAUUUUUCAAUAUAGUUA